UGAUUCACUCUCUCUCUCAGUCACAUCACAUGUGUUUCAAACCUUUCAAUCAGCAGACGAAUAGGGGCAUGGUUAGAACUACAUGACGUCACGUUGUCGAUUUGUGCAGUAAAAAGUGAAAUCGUCGUCUUCUCUUCCCUUCUUUUUCUGAAAAAGUUUUUCACUGAUUCUGUCUAUAAAUAAGCUUUGCCACGAAUGUAUAGAUAAAUUACCUACUCCUGUUUAAGACAUUGUAUAAAUUGAACUGAUUGUGGAGGGAAGUUGCUGAGUGGCGCGUAAACUGGUCCCGGAAAAGGGAAAAGCACAUAGGCGACGUAGGUCUGCAGAAGCAUGUCUUCAGAUGCAAGUUCAAAGUCAGCAGCUGCUAGACCUUCAUCUACCUCGAAAGAUUCAGAGUCUUAUCAAAGUAGCAGCAGUGGCAAUGAAAGUAACACCCAACGACAUGAUUUCCAAAGGAUAGGUAACAGUACAACCUAUUCACCAACCCAGCACUCCACCAUAGCAAACUCGGAUAAAAUCAUGAGAACCCCAAUCAAUCCUGUUCCAGGAACAAGUCAAACACUAAAUGAUGGGAAGUCUGUAAAUAAACCUUUUGGCCAACGGGCAAAGAAAUCUUUCCCUCAGCCAAAGAGGUUCAAAAUCCCGCAGCCAGUUCUUGGAAAAGAUCCCAAUCACCCAGAGAUUGAAGUGGUUGAAUAUGUUGAGAAAGUAAAACCAAUUCUAGAACCUCAACAAGUUUCAAACUAUGUUACCUCUCCUAUUUCAUCGAAGGAAUUGCACCUUGAUAUUCCACAGCAUUCCAUUAAGAUAGAAGUAAUCGCUGCUGACCAGAUCUCUGGAGGUGAAGAACCUCAACAGACACCCUCAAUCAAGGCAUCCCCCGUACCUGAAUCUGAGCAAAAUAAUGCAUCACCUGUACAUACACCUGAUCAAUCCGUUUUCAAUCAUCCAUGCCCUGCACAGAGCCCCGAUCAAGUGACAGAAAUCAAGCCAUCGCCAUUGUAUACAUCUUAUAGAGAAACAUCGCCUACGACGCAACCAUGUACUGCAGAGCCAUCAGGCGCAAAGAUGUUAAGUGACGAAGAAAUGAACAGAACGGUGACUUCCACAACAUCUUUGUUUACUGGUGGUGGUUCACUCAUGGACGAAGAGGACAAGAAAUCCCUAUUAGCCUCGAUGAAACAAGCCUAUACAUCAGAGUUGAACCAAUCCGAAAAAAUGCAGGGAAGUGAGAGUGACGCCAGUCUCAAUGAUUCCGUUACUAUGCCUCAGUUGUUCAAAUCACCUAACUCGGGUUAUGAAACAGACAAGAGCCGUCCUCCCCCAGAUCUACUUUUUGAAGACUCAUUCGAUGAAGAACUGGUUACUUUGGCAAAUAAAACGCUCUUCGGUUCUUCAGAUUCCAAGACGGAUUUUGGAUUGGAUGGUCAAGACCAAGAGGAAGUUCAAACCAGCGAAGAGUUGACAACAACCUCCACUGAUGUUGCUAUUGAUCUUUCUCACUUGACCAGUUUAAACAAACCUGUGAGCCCGAAACCAAUUCCUGAUCUGCAAGACAUCCAUCAUCCGCCUACUCCCGCCCUUACUCCGCUCAAUCCUCUAACCGAUGAUUUGGAAGCUGCGAUGGCCAAGCUGCAUGGUGAAUCUUUAAAUGAAGAACCCGAGGAGGAAAAAAGGCCCCUGUCAAGCAUGACGAAUAUCAUAGUGACGAAAAUAGUGGGUCAUGGACGUUCAGGCCAUCGACAUAAAAUAGUCAAAGAACAUUCGGAAUCCAGCCGCACGGAGAGCGGUAAAGGUAAUGCCUCUAGUACUCUGUCAGAUUUAGAAUAUCACCCGGAUUCAGAUGAACAAGAAGCGAAAGAUAAAUUCGAAGAAAGAAAACCGUCCGUGAAGCCGUACAAGUUUCAUAAAAUCGGCCCCAAGAGUAAAAUGGGACCGUUGGCUGUUCACAAACCACUCAAAUUGAACAAUGUAGAUGAGGCAUCUGUAGAAGGCGGAACGGAGAUCACCGAAGCAAACUUUGAAACAAAAUUCAAACCCAAGUCAACACCUACACCCAGGUCACUUUCUCGUCAUUCCAGAGAAGUGGAAAAGCUCUGCGAGGACGAGAUGGUGCAGAAUAUGUUACGGGACAUCGAGGAACGUGGACUAAACAAAAGACGAAUUUCUGCAAUUACCUACAAGGAGUUCCAGUCUAAUGGUUCAGAUAAAGAAGUGCGAGCUCCUCGCCGUGGCAAACGCGCCAAAAAGGAUGACUCUAGUAUUGAUUAUGAGUUGACACCCCCAAGGAAGAAGAAGAUGUCACGAACAACUUCGACUCCUGUUGUGGAUUCAUCCCCACAAGAUCAAGCGCUACAGCAAUGGGAACCAAUUCUCAAUUCAACCAAUGAAGACAAAGUGGUUUACGUUCCUCGUAAACUGGCCAAUCCUGCUGAUAGCUCAGUAAUCGUUCGCCGACGAACUUUUUCCUCAGACUCCAGCGCUGACGGGAAUCAGAACAACAAACGGAAGACUCUACAUUCUCUAGAUGUUUCUACAGGAGUUCAACGUUCCCUCUUCAUGUUGGAUGAUCAUUCUUACACAUCUGUCAAAAGUUCACAUGAGCUGGGAUCCGCCGACGAUUUAGUGUCCAAACUGAGCGCCAAAUGUCAGGAGGUUCAUAUCAGUUGUAGAGAUCACCUGCUUUGUAUAAAACUCUGCCCCAGGACAUCUAUAUUACGCAACAGUCUAAAUUCCAAUAUUUUGAAAGAGCUGUCCAUGGUGUUGCGAAAGCUAAAAAUGGAAACAUCAAUCCAUGUGGUCUUAAUCACCUCAUCUGGACCGGAUUUCUGCAACGGAAUCGACUUUCCUUCCCUUAUCCACGAGAAUAUGGCUCAAAGGCUGGAAUCAGCCAUGACCAUCGUGAGUAACCUCCAGGAGUUUAUUACGGAACUGGCCAACUGUGACAAACUGCUGAUUGGAGGCCUGGUGGGAUCCGUCAUGGGCUUGGGUGUUGCUUUGCUCCCUUACCUGAAUGCAGUGUACGCUUGUGAUAAAACCUCAUUUUGUUUGCCGUAUGUCAAACUCGGACAAAGCUACGAAGGUGGCCUAUCGCUGACUCUUCCAUUGGUGUCCAGGAAUUUGGAAAACUUGCUGUUCUGUGAAGGGCGACGUCUCACGGCCACGCAGGCUAAAGAUUGUGGCUUGAUACAAGACGUCUUUUUGCCGGAUAAUUUCGAAAAAGAAGUCGUGAUCCGCGCCUGUAAAAUCGCAUCCGAAUUUACCCAGGUAUGGUUCGGUUUUACUUUUAUGAGUUUUAUGGCUUGCAGACGCCUAGAUAGGCUGGCCCUGAAUAGUGGAGCUCUUCGACGUGAGUUUGCGUUCGAUUUUCAAUGGUACACACGCUGCCUCGUCGGCACAGACAGUAAGGGUAGACUGAAAAAGUGUCGGCUGUGAUUGCUCCACAACUCGCUCGCAGACGACAUCGUUUUAACUAGAAAGUAGGAAAGGAAUUACUCUCAUCAGUAUCGAGGGGCUUAACACUUGGAAUGGGAGACUUACGGGUUUACAUGUAUAGGAUGAAGUGGUAGUAGUCGGACUUGUAUUCUCGUCGCCCGUCACUGAAGAUUGCUGCCACGUGUGAUUGCUAGGGCAUUUGCAAAGAACGCGGGUACUCGGAAACUGUGACGUAGUCUGAGCUUGUGACGAUCCUAUUGGAAAGGAUUUUGCGCUUUUAACAAUGUGAUUGGAGAAUAUUUGGGUCGUUACCGUUUAUUCUGAUGUUGACUGCCGAUUGAUUAGGUGCGCAUGUUUCGAUCCCUUUCAUGGAAGCGCAAAACUGUCAAUUACCCGGCCGGAAAAGAAUUUUAAAUUUCAUUUCGAUUUAGUGACAAUUACGAAUGGGGCUUACUUUCAUUUGCGCCCGAUUAUUUAGUGGAAGGGAAUACGCUGGGCCCUUAAUGACUCGAACGAGCGAUGUCACAUUGCUGACGGUCACAUCGUCGGGUCCUGUCCAAUCGGCUGGGCAGUCGACUCCCUCGGGGCAUCGACAAUAGCGAUUGAGAAUGGACGGAAUCCAAUAUCUCUUUUGGAGUAUGCUACAAACAGUGUUUGCAGUUGCGCAGUUUGGAAGGUCACGCUCGCUCCUUAUCUGCACUCGGGAAAUUGGACCGACCGUCAAGCCAAGCAGAUCUCUUUUUUGUUUUGUUUACGGCAGGCGACACUUAACAAUAUCUUUUAAAGGGAUUCAAACAAACGAAAAAAGGUUGCGAGGCUUACUUGUAAAGGAUAUUGGGUAAUAAGGUCAUUUUCCGAGCUGGAACAACUGGCGAAAGGCGCAAUCAAGAGUAGAAUGACACAGAGUUGACGUGGAGCCAUCAUUCCACUGGUGGGUCCUGAGCGUAUUCUGGAGGCUAACUGCGAUUGCCUAACUAAACUGUGUUAGUGGGUGGCGACGGUCUAGUAGUGGUGGUGUGACGUCACUCGAAUGCUCUCAUUUCCCACCGAAACUAAUCUUAACCAAAUUAAUUCUAUUUCUAGAGCUCGCUGGCCGGCAAGAGAAUGAGUCAGGCUUCACUCCGCCGUGACCUUCCUGACGUCCUAAAAGAAGAAUCGCAGCUGUUACGGCAAACUUGGAUUUCCGACGACUUCCAGCGACGAGCCAAGCAAUUAUACGCCAACGGAGAUUUGCUGUCGUCGUUGUAGAGUACCGCCUACGAGCAGCAAUCCAUCCAGUCGUCCCCAAAUCCAAGUUAGAUCCUUAUGUUUCUACUUUUCUAUCUCUCUCUCUCGUCACCUUGUCUAGUUUAAGUUACAGUUACCAAAGGAACUUUAUCGGCGUGAUUGUUUGGCCUUUUUUUUUCUUUUUUAAAAGAUUCUCUCGCGUUCUUGUUUGUUUCAUGCGUAAGGAUUUUUUGGCGGGUAUGUAACGGUUUCACUCCAAGUGACGUUAUCACAAAGUGCGCGACGUGUAUUCGCCCGUGUUUUUCCUUAUGGCGAGUCGAUCUGUCUUUUGUUUCGUUGAAGUUGUUUUUUUCACGCGCGGGUUGUGGGGGGGGGGGGACUGAAGUGUCGGCUCGCCGUUAAUCCUUCACGCAAUUUGUUUCUCUCCCUUUAUUUAUGUACUUGUAGCCCCAAUCAAGAUUUAAUUUACCUUUCACACCAGAAACCGAGUGCCUGUUCUACUCCCAUCCAGUUUAAUUGACAGACGGUUAAUUCCCUCCUUUGCUUUGUAAUUGCGGUUGGUUUAAAAACAUCCAUCAUUCAAUCCCGAAAAAAAUUAUGUAAUUCUACUUUGCUUUUAUGACCCAUCCAUUCGGUGUUGGCUGAGUUGUAAUGGGACUUUUUUUUUCGGUUAAUAUCAAUACAGUUAACAUAGAACAAUA